AUGGAGGAAGACUUCCGUCCUCAGGUGAAGAAGGUGGCGGUGGCCAUGGGGGCUUCACUCUCAGACAUCGACAUCGACCGGAUGCCUCGAGGGAUCAGAGCGCAGGGAAACUUCAACUACAGCAGCUUUCUGGAGUACAUGAGGCAGUUCAAGACGUCGGAGCAGAAAGAGAAGGCCAUCAAAGAGGCUUUCAUGAUGCUGGACAGAGACGGCAGCGGAUACAUCGAGUGGAACGAGAUCAAGUUGAUCCUGUCCACUGUACCGUCUGGAACCUCCUCAGCUCCUCUGUGUGAUGAGGAGGUGGAGGCCCUGAUCCAGGCUGGAGACACUGAUGGAGACGGACGCAUCGACUACAGAGAGUUCUCAGACAUGGUGAAGAUGGAGAAGAAACCCAGGAAGUAG